AACCCUUGAGCAGUAGCGAUGACGAUGAUCGAGAAGUGGAGAUAUCUUCCAGAGGGGAUCCUGAUGGACAUCCUCACAUGGCUACCAGUUAAAUCUAUCUUGAGAUUCAGGUGUGUAUCUAAGAAGUGGUGCUGUCAUUUCACAAACCCUAAUUUUAUUAAAAUGCAUCUUAAUCAUUCUAUUGAAAUGAAUCAUUAUAGUCUCAUCCUUUCCAAACAAGAACCAAAUUCAUUCUUUUCAAGUGACCGUCGUUCAGCUUCAUUUCCCUCUCUUGAUUACAACAAUUCCACUGCUACAUUUGAUGUCUGUUGAGUUUGAUUUCCCAUUUGACUACUGGAAAUGUUAUAUUAGAAUUUAUGGUUGCUGUAAUGGAUUGUUUUGCCUCAACUCUGAUCCUAAAUUGCUAUGCAUUUGGAACCCAAUUACUGACGAGUACAAGAAAUUACCAGAAACACCAGAGGAAGAGGGACCUCGAGGACUAGUCGGAUUUGUUUCUGUUCCAAAAUAUGGGUUUGGUUACGAUUGCAAGACUGGUGAUUACAAGGUAGUGAAAAUCCUUACACCAGGGGGAGGUAAGUGUUCCAAAGUUUGGAUUUAUACUUUGGGAAUGGAUUCAUGGAGAGUACUCGAGGAUAUUCCUUAUUUAUUUUAUUUAGGCGGAGGAAUUGGAAGUGGAGUGUUUUUAAAUGGAGUUCUUCAUUGGCUGGCAUAUCCCCAAGACAGAGUUAAUAAACCCAUUAGAGUAAUACUUUCUUUCGAUGUUGGGGAGGAGAAAUUCAGGGAAAUGCAACUACCUAUACCUCUUUGUGGCUCGCGUGAAGGUGAGCAUUCUUUUAAGACAUCUAUUGGCUUGUUGGAUGGUAAACUUUGCUUGUCUUGGAAUCUUGGUGAUGCAAAUGUGGAUGUAUGGGUUAUGAAGAAUUAUGGAGUCAUAGAAUGUUGGACUAAACUUUUCAGCAUCAGCAGGCUGAAAGAAGAUGUCGAGUAUCUUAGGCCAUUACAAUCUUUAAAGAAUGGUGAUAUCUUAUUACUUGGUCAGCCUUUAAACCAGUUAACUCGGUAUAACGGGGAUUUAAUCUUGUAUAGCCUAGUAACUGGGAAUGCUAAGUUCUUGGAUACAAGUGGUUACCAAAUAUUGGAUGAUGCGCGCACUUGUGUUGGUAGUCUGCUUUCAGUUAAAUCAGUUUGUAAUGCAGGCCAAGAAGAUGUCGAGCGGGCAAUAUGACAGUAAACUGGUCUGAUCAUGAAUUGUUGGAACCUGAUUUCUGAAGAGUAUAAGAAGUUGCCACAAAUACCAAAAUUAUUCCCACAAGUUCCUGAAUUAGAACCGUCAAAUUCUGUUCCAGCAUUUGGGUUUGGUUACGAUUGCAAGACAGGGGUUUACAAAGUAGUCCAAAUUCAAACUGCUGGGUGCGAUAUGUUUUCUCAAGCUAGAGUGUAUACUCUAGGAACAGAUUCAUGGAGAGUGCUUGACGAUAUUCCUUAUAUAUUUUGUUUAUAUGGAAGAGCAAAUGGAGUGCUUUUGAAUGGAGUUCUUCAUUGGCUGGUAUAUCCCGACUACAAAGAUAUUAACAAACUCACUAGAGUUAUACUUUCUUUCGAUGUUGGGGAUGAGAAAUUCGGGGAAAUACAACUACCUAAACCUCUGUGGGGUGUACCUGAAGGUGGUGAGGAUUAUUUUAAGACAUGUACUAGCAGGCUAAAAGAAGGUAUCGAGUAUUUGUGGCCAGUACAAUCUUUAAAGAAUGGUGAUAUCUUGUUAUUUGGUCAGCCUAUAUAGUCCGGUUAACCCAGUAUGACGGGGAUUUAAUCUUGUAUAGCCCAAUGAGCCGAAGAGCUAGGUUUGUAGAUACAAGUGGUUAUCAAAUAUUGGAAGAUGUAGAAACAUUCGUUGGUAGUCUCGUUUCAGUUAAAUCAAUUUGUAAUGCAGGCCAAGAAGAUGCAGAGCAGGCAAUAUUACAAUAAAUUGACAAAGAAACUUCAAGAAGGAGACAUUUGAUGGGAGCAUGUUUUGUAGAAGCACAAUGUCCGGCGUACAUCUUUUUGGCAAAAGAAGCAGGAAACUAGAUCCAUCUUUUUGUGAGCAGCACCUUCAUGGAUGUGUUUUUGGUAUGUAUGAUACUUCUGUUGUCUUUUCUCCUUGGUUUGUAAUCAUUUAUCACCUCACCUUAUG